GAUCACAGAGAGAGAUAUGGAGAAUCGUUCUUACGAACCUGAAAAAACCGCCAAAGACGUCUCACUGCAAGAACUCAGAGACAGACUCGCAGAGUUCGCUCGAGUUCGAGGAUGGGAGCAGUACCACAGCCCUAGAAACCUGCUCCUAGCACUGGUCGGUGAAGUGGGAGAGCUAUCGGAGAUAUUCCAGUGGAAAGGAGAAGUAGAGAGAGGGCUACCGAACUGGAGCGCGGCAGAGAGAGAGCAUUUGGAAGAAGAAGUAUCGGAUGUGUUGCUCUAUCUGGUGCGUCUCGCCGAUGUGUGUGGCCUUGAUCUCGGCCAUGCCGCUGUCUCGAAGCUCGUCAAAAAUGCCAACAAGUACCCUGUCGCAGCUCUCACUCGCGCUCUGCCAUGAACUUCGCGCCAUUCUCUUCUCCUUUUUUUCUCUAGUUUUUUAUGUUUUGUUAGGACAACGCAACCAUCGAGUGCACCCAAUCAACCACCCAAAGCUUUUUUCCUUUUUAGAAAUUUUGUUCUCUGGUUUACUUAUAUACUCAUAAGGACUUUGUAAUGUUCUCGUUUUUACCUUGAGUUUUUAAGAAAAUAAUUAUAUGUUAUAUUUUA